CUACUUCCGGUUUGCUUUUUAUAUAGACAUAUUGUCAUUUGAGAGAGACAAUAUAAACAUAUGGGAAAACCUGGACGUCAGUCAAAUUUGACGAACUUGUCUGAUAAGUUCACCAGAAGAUAGCAAAUCAAGACAUUAUAUCAAAAAGCCAUGGUAGUGGGAUCAGAUGACAGGCCGACUGCUGAUGUCGUGUUCGUGGUUGAGGGAACUGCCAAUCUUGGCGGAUACAUCGACACACUGAAAGAACAUUACAUCGUCCCUACCUUAGAGGUUUUCAAUGGCGGCCCACCUGAUCCAACAGACUACGGACAUGAUUACAGCUGCACCCUGUACAACUUAGUCACAUUUUACUCGGCCGACAUUCUGCCAGACUCCGCUGCUCGGUGUUCCAACCUAACAACAAACAUCCAUGAGUUCCUGACAUGGCUAGAUAGCAUUCCGUUUAUUGGCGGUGGAGGGGAGACCUACAGCCAUAUAGCUGAAGGAUUGAGCACAGCUUUACAUGUGUUCGACGACAUUGCAGAGAAGAGAAAUAACCCUGGGUUACCAGUGAAACAGCACUGUAUACUGGUAUGUAACUCACAGCCUUAUCAGCUUUUGAGCCAAGAGGGAACACGCUACCUGGGGUACAUGGCUGAACAGCUGGCCCUGAAGAUGGCCCAGAGAAAUAUCAACCUGUCUAUAAUCUCUCCUCGGAGGCUGUCAGCGUUACAGAGACUGUAUGAGGAGUCCACCACCCCUGAGAUCAGCAUGGUGUCGACCAAAGAGUACACGAUGGACCCACGUCAUCUUGUCCUGUUACAUGGCUACCAGCUGGAAGAGAGAUCUCCCAGUCCAACCCCAGAACAAGACAGUACAGCAUCUGCCCUGAGCCCAGGAACACGACAACUGUCUCCCGCCCCACCGAUACCGACAUUCGGGGACCAGAAUCCAGGACCUUUCAAAGUCCCUUCUACAGCACUACCAGCUAACUCGUCAGGUCCUGUGAUGUCACAGCUGCCCCCCUCUCCACACAGUCAGUCUAUCUCCACUCAACAACAGCAACAGCAGCCGACCAUGGCUCAGCAGAUGCAGCACAACCAGCCAAACCAGCAGAUCCGGAUGGUACCCCCCGGUCAAAUUGAUCAACAACACAUGCAGCAGCAGCAACAACAACAACAGCAGCAGCAGCAACAACAGCAGCAGCAGCAGCAACAACAGCAACAACAACAACAGAGAAUGAUGCAGCAACAACAGCAACAACAACAACAGCAGCAGCAGCAACAGCAGCAGCAGCAACCUUUAUCCCAAGCCAUGCCAAGACAAACGACAGCUGUAAGACCACAGGUUGACAUGCAAAGCAGAUAUGGACAUCAGAUGCAGCAGUCACAACAACAGCCACAGAUGCCAAUCCAGGUUAACAUUCCAUCAUCCAGUAUUCCUGAUCAGAUAUCAAACCAAGCCAUCACCUCUGUCAGCGACGUCCCUAACACAUUGUCCAGUAUGCAACCAGCCAGCCAGUCCAUGGUCCAGCCAAACAGCAUAGCAUCCUCUGGAGGAAUGCCUCAUGAUCCUACAGCCAACAUUGGACUACCUGCUGGUCAUCAGGUCAUAACACUGCCCAACCAGUCCAAUGUGAUGAGGGAUAGGAAAAUCAUAUGGGCAGGGCGCCUGGAAUGGCAGGAAAAGAUGAAAUCUGCAGGACCUACCCAACCCAAAGUGUCCAGAUCACUACAAUGUCAGUUGUCCAGUGGACUGGCAGAUCCAGUCAUAAAUGCUUCCAACUGGCCCACAGAUCUGAUCAUGCAGUUGAUACCACAGUCCUUGCUCAACUCUUCACAGUUAACUCCCUUGUUUAAGAAAUCACGACAGGUGGGGUUCCAUUUCAACAACCACAACUUAGAAGCCCUACGUAACCUGUACAAAGUCAUGCAGACUGGAUUUGCUGGUUGUGUGCAUUUCCCGUCAAGCAGUCAGUGUGAGGUGCGCGUCCUCCUCCUCUUGUUCAGCAGCAAGCGUAAGGCAUUCAUUGGUUUAAUUCCCAAUGACCAGACGGCCUUUGUCAACGGAAUCCGCAAUGUCAUCUAUACUCACAAGGUCAAGUCGAAGAUGUUACAACAGCAGCAACAGCAGGGCCCUCAGCCGCCACGUGGGCCAUUCCCUCAGGGCGUGUCUAUGGCAAUGCAGCAGAUGCAGCAACCCACUCCAAACACAAUGGCUGGACCACAGCAGGUUACCAUGACAACACAACCUAAUAUGCCAAUGAUAAGCCAGCAACCAAAGAUCCAAGGUGCACCAGGUGGCCAGGCAGUGAAACAAGUAACUCCACAACAGCAACAGAUGUUGGAUGACAUGUAUUUUGGUCCUCCUCCAAAUAUGUACAGUGCCCAACGUAUACAACAGCAACAACAGCAGCAGCAGCAACAAAGAUUACAGCUUCAUCAACAACAACAACAACAACAACAACAACAACAACAGCAGCAACAACAACAACAGCAGCAGCAACAACAGCAACAACACCAUCACCAACAACAGGUGACAAACCAACAGAUACAGCAACUGCUGCUGAACCAACAGGUGGGUAACCAAGGGAUACGCAUAGGUAACCAAGGGAUACAGAUAGCCAAAGUGCAACAAGGACAGCAGAUUCGUCAACCAAAUAUGAUGAUGCAGCAACAUCCCCGGGGCCAGGCACCUAUUCCCCAGGGGCAGCAGGGUGCAAUGAGUGGAGGUCCAGCCAUUAUGCAGGGUGGACUGCCCCAGAUGACACAGCCAGGUCCAGCCUCUGGGCCAGGAAAUCAAAACAUGUUUGAUGAUAUCAACUUGGAAGCAUUUCUCUGAAAAAAACCAGGUGUAUACAAAAACCUACAGCAUUAGAGAUAUCAAAGUCACCCUAUCAUUUCAGAUAUAGGUUUACUCUCCUAAACAUGGUGAAAUUCAGUGAUUCUGGUAUAUUAAAACCUGGUAUAAGAAAUUUAUACCAAAACGCAGUAGACAAAUGACAGAUAAAGGGUUAUAUUUUAGACAUUCAUGAAACAUUCUUAGGGCUGUUCCGAAACUAUCCAUUUGGGAGGGGCUGGAGGUAUUUUUCCAAAGACCCCACCAUCCAUCAAAUAUUAAAACACAUUUAGUAUAAUGAAUAUUAGAAAAUAGCAGAUUGAUUCCCACCACCGAUCAAAUUUUAAUACAAAUGCAUCCAACUCCUCUGACACAGAUAAUUCUGGAAUAGCCCUUAGUUCAAUUAAAUUACCAUGACACGAAGAUAACAUAUAUUGACGGUAGUUACUUCAAGUUUUCAAAAAAGUGCUUUAAAAUUUCAUGGUGGUCAAAUUUUUGCUGACAGCACAAAUAAUCAACAGAACUAGAUAACAGAGACUUUGUAGACAUCUGUAUUAGUAAAGAAAUCUGACAGAGGAGAACUACAUGUAUUUACACAGGCCAUUAUGGCCUAGAAGCUACAUUUGUAAAUUACUAAGUUUCUUGUGUAUCGCCUACAAACUUUAUGAUUUAAAACAUUAAAAAAUGCCUUCUGCAGGCCAUCUGAUGAAGCGGGUUAUCUGACUAAAUGUUUCCCAAAAAAACCAUAAACAUUGUGGGCUAUACAAUGCUUGUCAAAUCAAAGUUAACUUUCGUGUUUUCCUGGUGUACUAUUAGGUGCCGACAUUGCUGUUAAUGUCCGAAAUAUGAACGGUACAUUUAUCUGUGCGUGGACAUAUCAAACAAAAACGACUCGCAAGUAGAUAUAUGUUUAUAAACACAGUCAACGUGUCAAGGUAAUAUAGGUCUCAAAUGUGAGAGCCAAACACCAAUAGCGAGGGUUUUCUCCCCGAUAGUGAAUUUUACUAAUUACGUAGCGGGUAAUGAUCCUGAGUAGGCCAUCUACAGAUUUGAAAUUAUAUAAAGUCUUAAAUUUAUUGAAUUAUUUUGGCUUGGGAGGGCUAACGGAAUGGGCAAUACACAGGAAAUUAUGGCUGGAUGGCAGUUUAUACCUAUAUAGGUAUACUCAUUAUGUUCAUGGCCUAAUAUAUAUAUAUAUAUUUGUCCCAGUUAAUGCAUGUACAACAUACUUUAGGUGUUUUGUCGACAGCUACGUGCAAGAGGUAUGACAACCAUUUCUUCAUGGUCAAAGGAAAAUGUUCUUAUCUAUUUGGUAUGUGCAUUUGAUAUAAAGUGUUUUUAUACACUGUGAAUUUACAUACAAAUUUUAAUUCAACCUUUAUUCAAAAAGGAUUUAUUGUCUUGAUAGAAAUCACAUUUUCCUCAUGUUUUCUUUAUUACUUUUUUUCGCUACUCAUACAAGAAUGCAAUAUUUUCAAAAUUACAGUAGAUCAGAAUUUGGAAGCUUUUAUAAACUUUCCUUCAUCCAUUUAUAUGGAUAACAAAAACAUAGCAUUUUAGAUUUGGUGAAAUUGUAAAAAGUUUAUCAAAAGCUGAAAACUUCUUUUGGCAUUGUGUCAAGUAGAAACUAGGUAUGACAUUAUAUAAACAAGCCACAGCCCUAGUGUUCUGAUUAAUAUGGAUCAGACAUGAUUGACAAUAGUAGGCACUGCAUGGAUGCCAUGUAAUCUGGUACAUUAGUAAUGACUUGACGUGAUCGAGAGGGAGAAUAUUUUUAAUAACGUGAAAUUUUGUCUUUCGUCGCGCGAGAGAGGUAUUCGUGGGAAACAGCUUUUGAAUAUCGUGAGGCUCCCACUCAGGAUGUGAGAGGUGGCAACCAUGCAUAUAUAAUUUCAGAAAGGUUAACUGAUUUCAUCCUGUGAUAAGAUGAGAUGUCACAUUACAUUUAACAGUAUGUAAUUUUUGUCACCUUGCCUGCAAGAGUGUUUUGGAAUACAUUAUGUAUUUUCUUUAAUAUUGUCAUUAACCAAAGUCUUCAAUAUCACAAUUUGACUUCAUGCUUGUCGCCUUCAAUGCAAUAUACAAUGUUGUGAUGUGACACUUUGUCAUUAACUUUCCUAUACAUCAUUAACAGGAAGUAUUGGGUCUAAGCAAUUUACUUUGCAAAAUAGUCCAUGCAGAAUUUGAUUCAAGAUUUUAUCGGACUGAUGGACAAUUAUGGUUUAUUUUUUUCAUUGUUUGUCUUAUUGAAUUGUUACGAUUUAGAACUGUUGACCAGACUGAAUGGAAUUUUACCAGGCAGGUCUGAUAGGACCAUUUUGUGGAUAUUGACAAAGCAUGAUAAUCAUCAUUAAACUGUUAGCCAUUAGGCUCAUCAGAGAAUCUCACUUGAUAAUCUCUCACUGUGGUAAUACUAUGAAGUUCUCAUUGUCAAAAAAUAUCACUAUUUGUAAAAUAAGUUCUCAUUGUCAAAAAAAUCACUAUUUUGUAAAAUGAAUCAAGAUGGCUAUAUUUGUGCUUUUCAAAAAUAUUGAAUUUAAUGCUCCUAUCAGAAAUGUGAGGACCUUAGUGCACCUCUUUAAAAAAAAAAUCAGCCUGCAAAAGUUGGUUAGGUGUUAUUAAUACUUGGGAGAAUGCUUAUUGUGAUUGUUAGAGUGGCUCCACAAUGUACUAUAAAACUGUAGUACAUCGAAAUGGUUGGUGAAUAUGGAUGAUUGUGCUGCUGCAAUGAUGGAGUGAGUGUUUGAAUACAAGGAUCAGUGUGAAUACAAUUGAACAAGAUGAAAGUGUGGCUCGUGUGAAUAACCUUUGUACAUGUAACUAGUGUGUGAAUAUUUGUGUGGUCAAUUUUAUGUGGCAACAUAUGUGAAUAAAGCUUUUAUUCAUGUGA